AUGGCGACGACGAUAGUGGAGACAUCAGAGAAUAGGAGGAGUGCAACGACACUGGCAAGUGGCAAGGGCGGCAAGGAGGGUGGCGCCGAAAGGAGAAGGAGAGUGAUGAUAGAGACGACGACGUCGGAGGGAGAAGGAGAGCGAUAGUAGAGACAACGUCAGAAGAGGGAAGAGCGGCGACACUAAAGAGCUGUCUGAGGAGGGAAGAGGCUAGCAAGGAGGAGAGCGGUGCGCCAAAUACCUAGGGCUCUGAUACUAUGUUGACACGAGAGAAGAAAACUUUGAAAUCUAUGUAGUCUCAAACGAUAGAAUACAUGAAUCCUAUAUAGGAGAGAGGAGAGAUGAGAGAGUGAGAUAGAUAAUGGGCCUUAAUGGGUCAGGAGUUCGAUGCCACUAUCAAACAACAUGUUAAUGUGAGCUUUUUGAAGUUUUCUUGUGAUCUUUCAAUCCUCUUUAUUUGAUAGAGAUACUCUCUAUUUUGGCACAUAUAAAGAUGUUAUAAUAUGUCUAAAGUGUCAAAUAUCAUGGAGAUGAUACUAUUUUAAUACAACUUUAAUAUGUAAUAAUUUAGAUCUUCAAUCAAACAUUAGUACAAGAAUAAUCAUUUAUGUUUGAUUUUUAUUUUUAUUUUUAUAAUAAAUUGUAAAUUAAAAACUAAACCAAUUUUGUCAUCCCUCAUAAAUCCCAAAAAUGAUGACAUUUGAAGUCCUUGUAAAGCUAGUGUGAGGUAUUGCGAAAAGUAAAUUCCUAUGUCACUAGUUUAAAUACAAACAAAGCUUUCUUGCUAGUUGUACAUUCAUAGUUGCAAUGAUAUUUGAAGCUCCAAGUGCCAUUGUUUAUUGAAUGUAAUUGACGUCAAAAUGCUAGUCUAUUAUCAUGUGAUAUGAGGCAAACAUUCACAAGUCAAAAACCAAAAGAACAAAUUAAUCAUCAAACUCCUAUAGUUAGCAUAGUUGCAAACUAGAAGAUAUCUUACAAUGAGGUGUCAUUUAUAA